GAGGAGAGAGGAGGGGAGGGGGAGAGCGAGGCUGGGGAUGAGGAGGAGGAGGAGGAGGAGGGGAGCGGUUUGUCGAGUGAGGAAGGGGCGGGGCAGAGAUUCAAGAAGGCAAAGUUUAACCAGGUUCUGAAUGUGAUGAUAGACAAAGGGAACCGGAGAAGGUCAGACCCAGGAUACCAGGUCAUUCUGACCUCCUUGGCCCUAAAACGCCCCCAGUCACCCCCCAUCCCCCCUAAAAGAACUCAAUCUCCCCCAAGCCAUUUGAAUGCCUCCAUAGAGGAGGAGGACUCUAUAUAUGAAGCUACUCUACUAAUGGUGGAGCCAAAACCCAGAAAGAUCUGUCAAGAACUGGACAUUCCUCUUAUCAUGGUUCGGAAACCAGUCCGUCGGUCCAAACUGUCCUCCAGCAACUCGGAGGACAACACUUCUAUCCAGUCCGAUUCGGACCCAUCCCAAACCCAGACUACUGAGGACGCCCCCCCCGCCAUCCCACCUCGGGUACCCCUCGCCCAGGACAAGUCCAAAACACCUGGCCACAACCUCACGCCCGUUCACAGGGGGGGUAUCGCCUUACCCCAGCCCACCGCGGAGGAGUGGCACUCCCUGCGCCCCUCAUCCCCCAACCCUUCCUCCAGCCCCAUAGUACCCCACCGGGUGGUCCCUCCAACCCCCACCAGCCCCCUGCUGCCCCACAGAGUCCCCCCACCUCAGCCCACCAAGACGGGCAGGGACGACAGGAGACUCAGUAACAUCUCCGGCCAUUCUAUCAACCAAGCUAUAAAAGAACAAGAGGAGGAUGGAAACACUAAAGGAGAGGAGGAGGACACAGAGGAAGACCGUGCUCCUGCAGCCCCACCCAGGAGAGGAUCCUAUAUUGACUGGGAGUCCAGACUGCAGGACGGUAAGGUUACCAGGAGAGGAUCCUAUAUUGACUGGGAGUCCAGACUGCAGGACGGUAAGGUUACCAGGAGAGGAUCCUAUAUUGACUGGGAGUCCAGACUGCAGGACGGUAAGGUUACCAGGAGAGGAUCCUAUAUUGACUGGGAGUCCAGACUGCAGGACGGUAAGGUUACCAGGAGAGGAUCCUAUAUUGACUGGGAGUCCAGACUGCAGGACGGUAAGGUUACCAGGAGAGGAUCCUAUAUUGACUGGGAGUCCAGACUGCAGGACGGUAAGGUUACCAGGAGAGGAUUCUAUAUUGACUGGGAGUCCAGACUGCAGGACGGUAAGGUUACCAAGAGAGGAUUCUAUAUUGACUGUGAGUCCAGACUGCAGGACGGUAAGGUUACCAGGAGAGGAUCCUAUAUUGACUGUGAGUCCAGACUGCAGGACGGUAAGGUUACCAGGAGAGGAUCCUAUAUUGACUGUGAGUCCAGACUGCAGGACGGUAAGGUUACCAGGAGAGGAUCCUAUAUUGACUGGGAGUCCAGACUGCAGGACGGUAAGGUUACCAGGAGAGGAUUCUAUAUUGACUGGGAGUCCAGACUGCAGGACGGUAAGGUUACCAGGAGAGGAUCCUAUAUUGACUGGGAGUCCAGACUGCAGGAUGGUAAGGUUACCAAGAGAGGAUUCUAUAUUGACUGGGAGUCCAGACUGCAGGACGGUAAGGUUACCAAGAGAGGAUCCUAUAUUGACUGGGAGUCCAGACUGCAGGACGGUAAGGUUACCAAGAGAGGAUCCUAUAUUGACUGGGAGUCCAGACUGCAGGACGGUAAGGUUAUCAGGAGAGGAUCCUAUAUUGACUGGGAGUCCAGACUGCAGGACGGUAAGGUUACCAAGAGAGGAUUCUAUAUUGACUGUGAGUCCAGACUGCAGGACGGUAAGGUUACCAGGAGAGGAUCCUAUAUUGACUGGGAGUCCAGACUGCAGGAUGAGCCUCUGUACCAGACGUACCGCGCCACUGUCAUCACCAAGGAGAUCCGGCGCCAGACGGUGUGCCGCAACAUCAGCAAGACUAGCGCCGACUACCACAUGGACUGGACCGCCCGCCGUAGUGGCGUGGGCAUUGGGUCGGGUGGCGUGGGGGUGGUGGGCAGUGGUACUAUUCCGUUGCCCACCCCGGGCCAGAGCACCCUGUGGCAGGACCUACCAGGAGUACGGGACAGUGGGGUGCUGGAGACCCUCAGCCCUGAACAGUGCAAGUACCAGGAGAGUAUGUUUGAGGUGUUGACAUCGGAAGCGUCGUACCUGCGUUCCCUACGAGUUCUCACAGAACACUUCCUGGAUUCCCGGGAUCUGGACGAGGCGCUGAACAUCCGGGACAGGAAGACCCUCUUCUCCAACGUCCUGCGAGUCCGGGAGGUCAGCGAGAGGUUUCUGAAGGACCUGGAGGACCGUAUGGACGAAGGUCUGAUGUUCUCUGACAUCUGUGACAUCAUCCACUACCAUGCACAGCACAACUUCCCGGCCUACAUCGACUAUGUCCGCAACCAGAUCUACCAGGAGAAGACCUACACAUCCCUCAUGAAAACCAAUGUGGCGUUUGCCACAGUCAUCACCCGUCUGCAGGAGUCUCCUCAGUGCCAGCGGCUGCCAUUCAUGUCCUUCCUGCUGCUGCCCUUCCAACGAAUCACACGCAUUAAGAUGCUCAUCGAGAACAUUCUGAAAAGAACAAAGGAGGGGACUACAGAGGAACAGACCGCCUCCAAGGCCCUGGACUCUGUUUCCAAGAUCAUAGAGGAGUGCAACACCCAAGUGGGGAAGAUGAAACAGGUGGAGGAGCUGAUCCACCUCUCCAAGACGCUGGAGUUUGACAAGCUCAAGGCUAUCCCCAUCAUCUCCCAAACCCGUUUCUUGGAGAAGCGUGGGGAGGUACAGGAGAUGGCCAAAGGUGGCACCCUCUUCAACCUGCGUCCCAAGUUCACCCCCGUCUACCUCUUCCUCUUCAACGACCUGCUCAUCAUCGCCACCAAGAAGGGUUCGGAGCGUUUCGUGGUGAUGGACCACGCCCACCGCUCCCUGGUCCAGGUUCAGCCAAUAAGAGCGGACCAGGCCCUGAGCCCUAGCUAUGAACACUGUUUCUGUCUGACUCUACUGGAGAACCACCAGGGACGCAUGAUGGAGAGACUGAUGAAGGCCCCCUCACAGUCUGACCUGCACAGGUGGAUAGCAGCGUUCCCUAACCCCAGUAACCCUGAUGGAGACGAGGAGGAGGUCAUAUAUGAGGACUGGGACUGUCCUCAGGUGCAGUGUGUGGAGCAGUACGUUGCUCAGCAGGCUGAUGAGCUCACCCUGGAACCCACUGAGAUCAUCAACGUGGUGCGGAAGACCAACGAGGGUUUGUACGAGGGGAUCCGUCUUUCCGACGGACAGAAGGGUUGGUUCCCUGUGGAGAACGUUUUAGAGAUCACCAACGAGCACGUGCGGCGGCGGAACCUUCGAGAACGCUAUCGGGUCAUUCAGGCCGCCAGCAUCGUCACCAACAAGGUCAAGACCCUUUCAUAAUGUUGACGGAACGUCAAGGGAACAUUUCAGAAUAGUAAAGACCAUGCUUUAGGAUCACCUUAAUGUUGACAGAACAUCAGGAGAACAUUGACAGAACGUCAAUCGAACGUUGACAGAACAUCAAUCGAACGUUGACAGAACGCCACUAGAACAUUAAACUGGAUAGGGAGAGUGAACCAGUGCUUGCCAUGCAUGCUAACCUGAAUAACACUCAGCGCUCCUCAGAAAUCUCAUAUCUCCAGCUAUCUUACAGUGGGUUUUGACUAGAGGCAGCGCCUCUUCUUAACAACACUUCACUCUACAUUUGCAUAAAGUAGAGCAGAGCUCAACUUUUUCUACCGCUCCGCUAGCAGGGUUCUCCCCGCUCACCUUCCCACAAUUCCCCACAUAUUUCUCUACGUGCCCUCGUUGAAAAUGAAUGGGGCGGAACUUCUCAUGCUGAAUUCGUUGUUGGUGAAAACCCGACGUUAUCAUAUCGUGCAAUUAGCAUGUUUUCAUUUUGUACAAAUUAGUAAUUUGUUGGAAGUUAUGGGGGAAUGUUUUUUUUUGGGGGAGAAAGAUGAUGGACUUCAGGCAAACAAAAAUGGACUACUCUCUGACAUGCUUCCAAAAGUUGAGUAUGUAUUUGAGUGAGAGUUUGUUUGUGUGUGUGUGAACCUGCACCUAACCCCACUCCACUCACUGCCAUAGGAAAGCCCCAGUUGAAAAGUGCCCCUGUAUCAAUAUGUCAGUCAGGUAUACCAUACCAGUUUGCACAUAUCAUGUAUCAUUGGGUGUAUCAGGCAU